AUGGAUAAGUUUCUCAUCAAGUUACCAAAGCCAAAAGAUGGUCAACCAAGUUCUAGCUCUAAUCAACCAUUUGUGAGUUCACAAGUUGCUCCGGAAAUUCAAAGACAUACAAAUUCUUUUCCACUUUCAAAUAUGGAUAAUAUGCUUGAUUUUAAAUCUCUUGAAGCAGAUCCCAAAGAUCGAAUGCCUAUUUCAUCUUAUGGUCCUAAUAUUCGAGAUGCGGUAAGGAGGUAUUACCUUCAAAAAAAGCCAUGUCAGCCUGUUGAUCAUAUCUUCCCCAAAACUAAGUUUGGAGAAAAAAUGCGUCAAUUUCGACCAACUUGGUUUAAGAGAAGAUCUCAAUGGUUGGAAUAUAGCAUUAAAGCAGACGCGGCAUUUUGUUUGUGUUGUUAUUUGUUCAAGAAUGAACUUGAAAGUCGUGGAAAUGUCGGAGAUUCAUUUACAAGAGAUGAUUUUAGGUGUUGGAACAAAGCUUUAGAAAGAUUCAAAAAACAUGUUGGUAAGGUAAAUAGUAUCCAUCAUAAAUGUUUCAAUAGGAUGCAAGAUUUGAAAAACCAACGACAAUUGAUCCAAUCUUCUUUUGACAAGCAAAGUGAAAAGGCGAGAAGUGAUUAUCGGAUGCGUUUAAAUGCCUCAAUUGAUGUAGCAAGAUUUCUCUUUACAUCGGGAUUUCCAUUUCGUGGACAUGAUGAAAGUGAAGGUUCCGAAUAUAAGGGUGCUUUUCUUGAACUUUUGAAAUGGUUUGGGGAUAGAAGUUUUGAUGUGGGAAGAGUAAUAUUAGGUAAUGCUCCACAAAAUGAUAUGAUGAUUUGUCCGACAAUUCAAAAAGAUAUUGUGGAGGCUUGUGCUAAAGAAACAACUAAGGCUAUCAUUGAAGACUUGGACGGUGAUUAUUUUGGAAUAUUAGUUGAUGAAUCAAAGGAUGUUUCUCAUAAGGAGCAAAUGGCUCUAAUUUUGAGAUAUGUCAACAAAAGGGAAUGGUGA